ACAACUUUUGGAUGUAGUCCGCCAUUAAAACCAUAGAAGCUACUCUCGUCCUCUGCAGUUUCUGUCUUGAGGCGGUCAACAAUGGUACAACUAGUGGGGUCUCUCCGAAAAGAGCUCGCUGACUCCUUAUCCGUUUGCCGGGUGCUGGUGGUUGGAGCUGGAGGAAUUGGCUGUGAGCUCUUGAAAAACAUUGUUCUCACCGGCUUCAAAAAUAUAGAAGUGAUUGAUCUGGACACUAUUGAUGUGAGCAACCUGAACAGACAGUUCCUGUUCCAGAAGAAACAUGUGGGAAAGUCCAAGGCUCAGGUGGCCAAAGAGAGUGUGCUGCAAUUCUGUCCCACUGCCAAUAUCACGGCCUACCAUGACAGCAUCAUGAAUCCAGAUUACAACGUGGAAUUCUUCAGGAACUUCAUGCUUGUCAUGAAUGCCUUGGACAAUCGAGCGGCUCGUAACCAUGUGAACCGGAUGUGUCUCGCAGCUGACAUUCCCCUUAUUGAGAGUGGCACAGCUGGCUACCUUGGGCAGGUGACCGUUAUUAAGAAGGGUCUUACUGAGUGCUAUGAGUGCCAGCCCAAACCCACACAGAAAACAUUCCCUGGCUGCACCAUUCGCAACACCCCAUCUGAGCCCAUACAUUGCAUUGUGUGGGCCAAGUACCUCUUCAACCAGCUUUUUGGAGAGGAAGAUGCAGAUCAAGAGGUGUCCCCUGACACAGCUGACCCAGAGCUUUCAUGGAACCCUGCAGACACUGAAGCCCGAGCCAAAGCAUCUGACCAGGAUGGAGAUAUCAAACGUGUGUCCACUAAGGACUGGGCACGUUCCACUGGCUACGACCCAGUCAAACUCUUCAACAAGCUUUUUAAAGAUGACAUCCGGUACCUCCUGACCAUGGACAAGCUGUGGAAGAAGAGGAAAGCCCCACUGCCUCUGGAUUGGCUUGAGCUUCAGAAACUUACGUGUCCCCAGGAGGUGACUGGGACGGGAUUGAAGGACCAGCAGGUGUUGGGUGUGGCAGGCUACUCCCAGCUCUUCUCCCGCAGCGUGGAAACCCUGCGCUCCAUGCUGGCUGACAAAGGGGAUGGAGCAGAGCUUGUGUGGGACAAGGACGACCCUCCAGCGAUGGACUUUGUGACAGCAGCCGCCAACCUGCGCAUGCAUAUUUUCAGCAUGAACAUGAAGAGCCGUUUUGACAUCAAGUCCAUGGCAGGGAACAUCAUCCCAGCGAUCGCCACGACCAAUGCAGUCAUUGCUGGCCUCAUAGUGCUGGAGGCACUGAAGAUUCUUUCAGGAGAUGUGGAGCAGUGUCGCACGAUCUUCCUGAACAAGCAGCCCAACCCCAGGAAAAAGCUGCUGGUUCCGUGUGCUUUGGACCCACCCAGUGCCAACUGUUAUGUGUGCGCCAGCAAGCCAGAAGUCACAGUCAAACUGAAUGUGCACAAAACUCUUGUGCUGGCCCUUCAAGACAAGAUAUUAAAAGAGAAGUUUGGGAUGGUGGCGCCAGAUGUGCAGAUCGAGGAUGGGAAAGGGACAAUCCUUAUCUCCUCUGAGGAGGGUGAAACUGAAGCAAACAACAGCAAGUUCCUGUCUGACUUUGGGAUUCGAAAUGGCAGCCGCCUGCAAGUGGAUGACUUUCUGCAGGAUUACACACUCCUGGUUAACGUGAUUCACUGUGAAGACUUGGCGAAGGAUGUGGAGUUUGAGGUGGUGGGUGACGCCCCUGACAAAGCUCCAACCCCACCCAGUGCACAAGCAGAGGGCAAGAACGUCGCCAAUGGCAACACAGACUCUGCAGAACCGUCCACCUCUUCCAAAGUCCCUGCUGAACAGAAUGAUGUUCUGAUAGUUGAUUCAGACGAGGAGGAGCCUUCCUCUAGCGCUAUGGAUGUCAGCAUGGAGUCAGGAGGCCACAAGAGGAAGCUCCAUGAUGCUGAGACAGGCGAGGCCUCAGCUAAGCGCCAAUGCCUGGGCCAACCCUCGGCUGAUGAUGAUGACAUCAUUGCACUAGACUAGUAUGUCUCUCCUGAUUCC